CACCAAAAUCUCUCGCCAAAUUUUGCGCCCUCGGAACUUCGAACCAUCGCCCAACGAACUUCACCUCCCAUCGACUCGGAUUUUUGUCGACAAUCCACGAGUCACCGUCACGAUGGGUAUCGAUCUGCGGAAGCACCACGAGCGGUCCACGCACCGCAAGGCCCCCAAGAGCGACAACGUCUACCUGAAGCUCUUGGUGAAGCUCUACCGCUUCUUGGCCCGCCGCACUGAUGCGCCCUUCAACAAGGUGGUCCUGCGCCGCCUGUUCAUGAGCCGCAUCAACCGCCCGCCCAUCUCGCUCUCCCGCAUCGCGGCCAACCUCAAGAACGGCAACGAGAAGAAGACCAUCGUCGUUGUUGGUACCAUCACCGACGACAACCGCCUCCUGACCGUCCCCAAGGUCUCGGUUGCCGCUCUCCGCGUCACCGCCACCGCCCGUGCCCGCAUCACCGCUGCCGGCGGCCAGGUCAUCACUCUCGACCAGCUGGCUCUCGAGAAGCCCACCGGUGCCAACACCCUCCUCCUCCGCGGCCCCAAGAACUCGCGUGAGGCCGUCAAGCACUUCGGCAUGGGCCCCCACAAGAACAAGAAGCCCCAUGUCCGCUCCAAGGGCCGCAAGUUCGAGCGCGCCCGUGGUCGCCGCAGGUCGCGUGGCUUCAAGGUCUAAAGUGGUGGAUAUGGAUACCCUUUGGAGUUUGGGGCGUGGCGCGGGGUUCUUGGUCGUCGCAUGGCAAUGGUUUUGGGGCAUGUGGUUCUGGGCUUGCUAUGCUGUGCCGUCGGUCACAGGCGGCAUACGGAACACAAAAGUCUUUUCUCUUUUUUUACGGGCAUGAAGAAUUGACUGCAUGGCACUUGACUGAUGCCACAGCUAUGAAUGACAAUGCCAUUGAGCCCCGCGGCAGCAUACAC